CACACCUGCACUGUUCUUCUUUAUGUGUAAGAACGCACAAGACACAAAAACAAAAGGACAACGGCCAGCGUAGUGGUCCUUACCUCACCGUUCUCAUCUGCGUCUCGUGUUCUGUCAUCUUUUAUCUUCCUCCUGCAUUUUUGUGUAAGAAUUGCCGGCAAGUCCGAAUAUUGCUGCUGGGACGCUUUAAUACAGCUCAUUGUGGAACAGCAGAGGUCCACGCAUGACGCUUCAACCUCCCACCUCACCAAACACCUCCAUGUCAGCAGUUUGGCAGAAAGAGAGAGAGAGAGAGCAGCUUUCACAUCCUGUUUUCAAGUGUUUUUGCCAGGCCAGCAGAAACAAGAGAAGUCAUUUCACACUGAUGUUUCUGUCGUCACUCUUCUAAUAAUGACUGGGAACCGCCGAGUUGAACCAAGCACCUCAGCUACCCCUACCCAUCUGCCAAAUGCAACUACCACGGCGGGCCAAAAACAAUCUGAAGGCCACAGUCUUAAUAAGUUCAUGAGUGAACUUCACAGUAUCCACAUGCCAUCAUGGGCUGUCGCUGCCCUUUGUAUCGUGAGCCUGUGCAUGGUGCUGUCCUGUGCUGUGUGCAUGUGGAAGAAGUUCCUAAAAAAGGGGGACAAGGGCAAAGAAAAGGACAAGAAAAAGGGGACAGAGAAGAGUAAGGGAGGUUUUGACACUGAAAUGGAUGGAGGUUACAAUGAGUCCCUGAAAGAUGAAUGUGACAAAGAAACAGAGCUGUCAGAUAACGAGCCCAAGGAAGACGAGAAGCUGGGCAGACUACAUUUCACAUUAGACUACAAUUUCACAGAUAAUACGCUGGUGGUAGGCAUCUUGCAGGCUGCAGAGCUACCUGCGAUGGAUGUGGGAGGAAGUUCUGACCCUUACGUUAAACUCUAUCUGCUACCAGACAAAAAGAAAAAGUUUGAAACCAAAGUUCAUAGAAAGACCUUAGAACCCAACUUCAAUGAGACUUUCACAUUUAAGGUACCAUACACUGAGCUGGGCGGGAAGACCCUUGUGAUGACUGUGUAUGACUUUGACCGUUUCUCAAAACAUGAUGCUAUUGGAGCUGUGAAGAUACCCAUGAGCAGUGUGGACUUCAGCCAGUCUCUGCAAGAGUGGAGGGACCUGCAGAAGGCAGAGAAGGAGGAGAGUGAACGGCUUGGAGACAUAUGUUUGUCCUUGAGGUAUGUCCCUACAGCAGGGAAGCUGACAGUGGUGAUUUUGGAGGCCAAAAACCUGAAGAAAAUGGAUGUGGGCGGAUUAUCAGAUCCUUAUGUGAAGAUCCACUUAAUGCAGAAUGGGAAAAGACUCAAGAAAAAGAAAACAACAAUUAAGAAAAACACUUUGAACCCUUACUACAAUGAAUCCUUCAGCUUUGAAGUACCUUGUGAACAGAUAGAGAAGGUGCAGGUAGCGGUGACUGUGCUCGACUAUGACAAGAUUGGGAAGAAUGAUGCUAUCGGGAAGGUGUUGCUGGGCGGGAACAGCACUGGAACUGAGGAACGCCAUUGGUCAGACAUGCUGGCCAACCCCCGGCGGCCAAUAGCCCAAUGGCAUAGCCUUCAACCUGAAGAUGAAGUCAAUGCACUAAUUUCCAACAAGAAAUGAAACCCUGGUGGGAUAUAAAAUCCAGCAUUUACCUCAAAUACUUCUAAUGUUUGUUCCUUUAGAAUGUUAAGCAGCUUAACUGACUAAUUCUACCCAGUGACAACUUGCUUUAGCCAUGACAAUAUCCAAGUCUUUAAAAGAGACUGAAGGCUUUUCAUUCCCUCCUCCUGCUUCUGCCUUAACAAAGAUGCAUCACUAUGUACAG